AUGGCUAAGAGAAGAAGAAAAAGAAGAACUCAUGUCCCACAAGCGGACGAAUCCGCAAACCCUGAGGCUCCCAAAGUUCAAAAAAGUUUUGUUUUCAAGUCGGGAAAAGUUGGUAAAUCUGUAGCAGCAUUAGUAAAAGAUAUACGUAAAGUGAUGGAACCUAAUACUGCUAUACGAUUAAAGGAACGCAAGAGAAAUAGACUAAAGGAUUUUGUAUCAAUAGCAGGCCCAUUAGGUGUAACCCAAUUCUUAAUAUUUACACGUACAGAUAAUGGAACCAACUUCAGAUUAACGAGAACACCCAGAGGGCCCACUUUAUGUUUCAAGGUAUUGAAGUAUUCAUUGAUUGGAGACGUUUUAUCGUCACAAUUAAAUCCAAAAAAUCUUGGAACAGAGUACAAUUGUUCUCCUUUGAUUCAAUUAUCAGAAGCACGUAGAGUUGUUCUUUUCAAUUAUAAUUCCGAUACAAAGCAUAUUGACUUUAGGCAUUAUAAUAUUGAUAUUAAACCUGUUGGUUUAAGUAAAAGCGUACGAAGAAUUGUUUCAACCAAUGUUCCUAACUUACACAAAUAUAAUGAUAUAAGUGAAUAUGUAUUAAGAGAAGAUCAUUUCUCGGAGAGUGAAGCAGAAAGGGGUGUUGAGGCAACCGUAACUUUGGCUCAAAAUUUUGUUGGCAAGAAUAACCGAAAAUCAGAUAAACGUGCUGUUAAAUUAAGGGAAAUAGGUCCUCGUAUGGAAUUGCUAUUGGUUAAAAUUCAGGCUGGAUUAUUUCAUAAAACACCUAAAGAAAUCAAAAGGAUACAACAUGAACGCGAACAACGGAAGCAACUAGCUGCAUUGAGGAGAAAGGAGCAGGAAAAGAAUGUUGAGAAAAAGCAGGCUAAAAAGGAGGCUCACCGGUUUAUUACAAGUGGCGGAAAAAAAGGAAAGCUAGUUAAGGAACAAAAAGAACAAACACCUGGCGAUUCUCAAAGUGAUUCUGAAGAUCUGGAUGUUUCAGGGGAUAGUCAGAAUGAUUCUGAGGAUGAUGAGAAUGACUCUGAGAAUGAUUCUGAGGAUGAUGAUAAUGAUGACUUAGAUGAUGAAUUUUCGGAUAUAGAGAGUGAAUAUGAUAAUAUGAAUGGCUAUUCAAGGGGUGUUGAAAAAGGUUUGUUUAAAGUUGAUGAUGAUGAAAAAGAUUUAUUUAAAGAUGAUGAGGAUGAUGAUGAGGAUAAUGAUGUAAAUUUAAAAGUUAACGAAAAACCUAAAAAGAAUGAACGUCAAAAAAGAAAGUUCGAUUCCUUAAAAGGGAAGCCGAAAUUUUCUAUGAAAAUUGGAACAAAUAAAAGACUUGCUGGUCAAAGAUAA